CGAAGCUGCAGCCCCGCUCGCCUCCAGCGAGGUGAUCGGUUCACGACUCGCGUGCUUUCCGUUGCAGUGGUACAAAUGCUGCUGCUUUCGUAGGCUAUUGUUCGCCAGCAAAUUCGCGAUGUGGCUGUUAAAUACCAAGACUGGGGAGUUCAAGUCAUUCGGCAAUCCACGCCAUGUUCGCUAUGCCAUCCUGUCGCAUGUCUGGUCGACGGAGCGACCAGAGCAAUCAUACCAGGAGACUCGUGAUAUUAUUGCCACUACCCCCGCUGGCACGACACCUCUUUCACGGUACUCCGAUAAACUACAGCGCUUCUGCGAGGUCGCCGCGGAGGACAAUUUCGAUUGGGGGUGGGCCGACUCCUCUUGCAUAGACAAGACAAGCUCCUCCGAACUCACCGAGUCCCUCAAUUCGAUGUACGACUGGUAUCGUUAUGCUGGUACCUGCUACACCUUCUUACACGACCUCGACGACGUCGAUAUCGCGGACCCCAUGUUUCGCGAAGAGUUCCGCAACAGCAAGUGGUUCACGCGCGGCUGGACAUUGCAGGAACUGCUUGCUUCCAAGGUACUGCUCUUCCUCUCCAAGACAUGGCGCGCGGUAGGCUCCAAGCACACGCUAGCGGAACUUGUCGAGAGCGUGACGGGAAUCGACCGCUCCGUCCUCACGUUCCAGGAGCCUCUAGAGUCGUUCAGCAUCGCGUGUAAGAUGUCCUGGGCGGCGUCGAGGACCACGACUCGUGUGGAGGAUGAGGCGUACGCCUUGAUGGGAAUCUUUGGUGUGAACAUCCCGAUCUCGUAUGGUGAAGGCCGUUAUGCUUUCAUUCGCCUCCAGGAAGCGAUUGUUAGGCAGCAUCCGGAUCAGACUAUAUUCGCUUGGGGUCGCGUCCUCCCUCCCUACCCAUUUGUGUACACUCACCAUGGAGACACCGCCCCCGUUAUCAGCAGUAUCCGAGUUCCACCCUUACUGAACGAGUACUUCCUGGCAUCCGGACCUCGCGAAUUUUCCGAGUCGACUGCCUUCCGGCCCCUUCCCCGCGGUGAAUUCGCCGAGUUACUUGGACUAUCUCCCGAGCACACAUACCAACUAUUCACCCCGACAUCUUAUGGCAUGCAUGCCUAUGUACCCCUUCUCACCAUUCACCGCGACGACCCCCACCUCAGUCUUCCCACGCAUCUCGCCAUCCUUGCCUGUGAGGAUGGAGAACGUCGUAUUCUAGCCCUCCUACUCCGCCCGCAACCGGCAUCCACAGGCCGCGAUUUCCUUGUCGGCGCCGUCGUCGGGGAUACGAAUGAACUUGUGGGUUCAGAGAUCCCGCUGCAGUCAAUCUAUUACCGGGUGACAUAUCUCUCCCGUAACGAUAUUACUGCUCUGAGUCGGCGACCUCGAAGUCUCGUAGAGAUGGUCGAUCUCUACAUCCCUCAUCGACCGCCCGUAACCGCGCAGAAGUCCGAGCUAGAGGAGACGACACAUGCCGCGCUGCGCGACUCGCGAGAGUUCUUCGAAGUCCGCCUCUCUGGGUGGUGUCGGAGACUUCUGAAACGAGACGGGUACACUGUUACCCCAGAGAACGAUACGAACGUGGCUCACCACGAUUGUCGUCUCAUACUUCUUCCACCCUCUGCCAGCGCUACCUCCGCCAUUGUGAUUCAAAACAGCGAGGAGCAUAUUACCAUUCGUGUUGGUCGAUGUAAUUGCGUGCUGGCGGACACGUACCAUCUCCUUGCGGUGAUGGUGUCUUCGAGAGGUCGUACCAGUCCCUUUGAGAUUGACUUCCAAAGCCCACACCACAAGAAGGACCACUCGGCGCAUAUUCACUCAUGGCGAUUCAGUGGAGGUUUUGCCGAGAAGGAGAUCUCACUUGAGUCGAAGGAGUACUUCAAGCCCACGAUUCAUUUACGUCUGACGUUCAGCCACGAUACACAACACUCGGUCGGUUCUCGCCCGAGGUAUACCGACUAGGCGUAGAAAUCUGGUCCACUCCUCCACUCGAUCCUCCCUUGUCGACCUCUCCAGUUUCUCUGGAAACUAUCCAGAUCCCUCGGACCCUGAGCUACUCAGAGGUUGCUGCCUCGCCACCUGUCCGAGAAGCAGCGCUCGCCAGCCAGGCUUCGCGAAUGUUUUCUCUGUACCCGGGAAGGCUCCCUUCGCAGGACUCUCGCAUGAGGACCUCUACGCUGAUCCAAGGGUCACACCGCCAACGUUCAGCGACACCCCAACAGACGACCUAUCAAGAAUCGCUCGUUCGGCCACAGGCCGCGCGCUACUCGCGAAAUGGCAACAUCACGGAACCCGUCACCAGACGGGUUCCGUCCGUGGUAGCCCCCCCUGUCAGGAUAAGUCAAAGCGCCUCUCCUGCGCUCAGUUCAUUCGGAUUUCCUUCCCGUGCGAGCAGCCAGUACUCGAACGGGAGUCAGGAGACUAUCCGACCGGGCGGUCCACGCAUCCGCCAGUCAACCACGAACGGCGCGUUCAAUGGUGGAAUAGCACCUAGUAGGCCUAGUAGGAGUAACUCACGGACGCCUGGCACACCAAGGCAGACGUCGACCAGAGCGCCUUCCCCUAUAGUCGAAUAUGUUGAGCAGUAUGAUCAGCAGAACACCACGACGUCACCCGUUCGUCAGAAUGGUGGCAUCCAUACACCCGUCUCCGCGAACCGUCAGCGGUCGAGGUUAUAUCAAGGUAGCGGCCGCAGCGCCCCGGGUCAACAACGGCCGAUUCGACACAGCACGUCCCAAUACCAGGAUAGCGGACAAGGUCGGAGCCGAGGCCGGGGAAGGGACGGGAGUGGGCAGUGGGAGUAUCAGGUGGAGGAGGAUUCCGAUUUGUAAUGGACUAUAUCUUGUUGAACUCGUGUGUAGCAGUAUCUCGUCCCCAACUCUGUGUAUCGACAGUCCUGUACGCUAUGUAUUGCGUUAUAGUUAUAAGGUUUGUAU